AUGCAUUGCAAGGCGCGCUGCCAGUCAACUGCAAUUGCCCCUACUCCAGAGAAUGCCUAUCCGACCUAUCAAUCGUCGAUCAAUGACUUCAAGGUCGGCGACCUCCCUGGUGGUGAUGGUUUCAGAGCGCCAAACGCCCCGGGGAUGGGCCACAAAGCCGACAGCUAUGCCCAAGAACCGGUCACCUUCUGCCAUCCCAUGCAGUCACACACGACGCUCGCUAUAUCUUCCCCUUCGUUGUCCCAUCCUGACGAUGCUGCCAUGUCCUCUUCAUUCUUCCCUCCUCAAGGUCACAGUCAUAUGACCUACGUCUUCCAACCACAGAGCCAGCUAAGCGGCUACGGUGCUUUGAGCAAAUCCUCCUUUUCAGAGCCAAACCUACACAAUUCCCGAUUUCCAACUUCCAUGGACCAGAAUUUUGGGUAUGGCCGUGUUCAAGCCAUGCAGGGGUCUGAGGUGAAUCGUUCCAUCAUGGCCCCGACAGAAACAUCCAUGAUUGUGCCUGCAACAUCGGCAUCUGGGUAUCAGCAAGAUCAUAUUGUACCACAACAGCAACGAUGGGUGGAGGUCGUGAAGGGCAGAGAGGAUAGAGUCAUGAAGGAAGAGCUGGUGGGCGACUCUGACUUUGAAGAGCGUGAAAUUGUGCCUGUAUCAUCACCGUUGGGCGGCUCCUAUGAGGACCUCUCCCAUACUCUGACUGAGUCUAACAUGGGUUUGGCCGGCGCCGGCAGCUCGGGCAGGACAGAGAAUGCUUUGCGGAGAGGCUCGGUCGAUAAGAAGAAGCGUGGUCCGCUGGGAGAAGACAAGCGGAAAGCAACGUGCGACACUCGUAGCAUGGGCGCCUGUAUAAGAUGCCACAAUCAGCGGAUUCGGUGCCACCCCAACCCACUGGAGCCACACAACCGUGAUGCUCCGUGUCAAUCAUGCCUCGCAUUUUCCAAAGACUCGAAGAAGACCAUCCACAACAUCCCUUGUCUUCGCGACAAGAUCAUUGGGAUAAGGAUCUUCCGCGCCGGCGGAUUGAACUUGACGAAACGCUUCACUCAUACUCAAGUCGUCGAUGUCGAUGUGAGUGACCAGUGGGGCCCUGCUCGCCGAGUCGAGAUGGUUCAGGGGUUGUGCAACGAACCAAAGGUGGUCGUACGACUAUGCAAGGCGCCCAUCGUUUUGGAAGUUCGUCGUUUCAACCCGGCUCCCACAGAUAUCAACGAGCGAAGAUAUGUCGCCAACGGCUAUCCCGCGGUUCAGCCUUUGCAGCCUUUUUGCCUCGUUAAUGUGGAAAGCGCCGCUUUGCAGUUCAAUCAUUACAUCAACGCCAACGCUCUUCAUGGUCUUGAGGAGGCUGUUGAGAAGUCUGAUGACAUUGUCAAGCGGACCUUUGCUAUCAUUGCCGAGAAGUGCCGCUCACUUACUAAGACGACAAAAGACAAGAACAGCAAGAGUAACAAAGAGGACAAGCGUCAAAGGGACCAGAGAGAGCUGUUAAUAAAUGCAGUCCGCCUUUGGUUUGCUAUCCGCCAUGGCAUAGGGUCCGCAUGGCUAGAUAGCAGCUCCGACACGCUUGAUAUGGAUCCAGUCUACAAGGAUGACUACCCGCUCUAUGGGCGGGUCGACGUGCCACGCAUGAUUGUCGCCCAGUUCGAUAGCAUUCGGCAUGAGCGUAUUUAUAAGAAUAUCGCUCCCCGAGUGCUUAAGCUUUACGAGAAGCUUAUCACAUCGAGUGACAUGCAGAACUGGUUCACCAUUUAUCUGGUAACAUUCCUAUUCCUCCAUCAAGUCAGCUGUAUCUCAUUCGAUCGGUAUCGCCGUGUCAGAGAUAACUCUGGUGGCAGGCAACAGGAAACCCGUUAUGGACCGAUUGGGCCGAGUCCCAAUUCUCCCUCUGAAUUUGUUGAGAGUGCUUUCGUCGAGGAGGUACAACACGGUGGCGUGGUUCUUCUGGCCUACUGGCAGUACUUCAAGCGCGCCGACCUCAUGCGCUUGGACUGGGAUAACAUAGUCGAUACCAAGUUAAGCACUCUGGAACCAGGGCAAGCCGAGCUUUUGCGGUGGACUGUUGAGCAGUUGAAGAGCGUUGAUCCGAAUACAGGAAGGACCAAGUUGGAUAGCAUUCCCAAGACCCCAGCCCAAGGCUGCUGGGAGCACGAAUUGUACUGGGUAUCGCGGAUGUUCGACUCAACUUCGACAAGGGAGUCACAGUGGUCACCUCCCAAGACCUUUACUCGCGCUAAGCCGAGUGUUGGGCGAGAGUAUACACCGCCUAGACCAUCUCAGUCGCCUUGA